UGAACAGAUAGAGACCGUUGAGCAAACUGCUUUUAGAUCCUGAAACUGAAAUUAGGAUUUUGCUCAAGCCAUCUCUCCAACUUUUGAAUGAGGCAAAAGGAGUGAAAAGUGCAUGGAGCAGGGGGAGGAAGGUGACCACAACCCUUUCUGAAGAGAGAAGCGCUACUCUGUCUUGUCCCUGCACGACCAUGUCUGCCCAAUGACACCGUGGUGAAACAAUUGUGUACUUGUGUACUUCAUUUUGGACCAAGACCUUCUGGAUUUGUACAACCAGGCAUCUUUGGAAGAUCUCCUUCAUCGUCCUUUGCCAUAACUAGCUAACCUCUAUCUUCUGGAAAAAGAAAUAAGCAGCAGGAUUGGCCUCAAGGAAAAGAAUGAAAGCUCGUGCUCCUCCUCCACCAAAUCAACCUUCUGCAGCAAGUAGAAUUCACAAUGAGCGCAAGUCCCCUGCAGAGACAGCUGUAAUUUCUGAUCAGAACCUCGUGAGCAUGAAGGAGAACAUGAUAAACAGAUUGGUGGACUUCACAGUCAUUUUACCCAGCGGGGUGGAGCAGAAGAACACAGUACAAGGAAGUAAAGCUGUGAUGGAUGUAUUGGUUGAUUUAUGCAGCCAGUAUCACUUAAAUCCAUCCCAACACAGUCUUGAACUGAAGUCUUCGGGAACUCAACAAGUUCUGAGUUACAAGCCAAACACUUUGAUAGGAGCACUGGACGUAGAGACAGUACUUCUGAAAGAGAAGGUUCCUGAAGAGAAGGCAAAGCGACCUCUGCCAAGAGUCCCUGAGAAAUCUGUGAGGCUGGUAGUGAACUACCUGAAGACACAGAAGGCUGUGGUUCGAGUUAGUCCAGAGGUGCCUCUCCACAACAUCAUCCCAGCUAUUUGUGAGAAGUGUGAAGUCAGUCAAGAGCAUAUUGUUCUUCUGAGAGAUGGCAUAACUGGGGAGGAACUGGAGCUUACCAAGUCCUUGGAGGAGCUGGGGAUAAAGGAGCUGUAUGCCUGGGACAGGAAAAAAGUUCCUCCAUCAAAAACUCAGUCUGAGCCUUCUCUGAACUAUAGAGAACCAAAUCGAAAGGCUUCAGUAAGCAAUGAUGCAAUAGAAAAAGAAAAGACACGGCUUCUGGGAUUGUUUAACGCUGAUAGAAGAAGUAGCAAGACAGAAGAAUACUUGAGGAUGAACAGAGAUUGUGGUGAGGAGGAUGUUUUUAGUUCUGCAUCUACAAGUGAAGGAAGCUUGGAUGGUUUUUCCACAGCACCAAAUUCCCCUUCGGUGAAUUCUCGUUCCAGUAGCCUGGGUCCAUCACUGUCCCUUGGUAACAUCUCGGGAAUGACAGCAAACCCAGAAGUGAAAAAGCGCAGAGCACCUCCUCCACCAGUUGUGACACCAGUGUUGCCGAACGUGGAGGUGAGAGGUCAAGAAAAGACAGUGGCACAGAUAUCACAAGGAGCAUCCCUGAAUGAUUUAAGGAAAAAGAAGAGGCGUGCCCCUCUUCCACCAACUGCAUCUGCUCCACCCACUCCUGCCAUGCCAAACAGGACAGAAGAUAGGGAAGACAAGAAAAAGAGCACAAUGGGUGAUGGACGGUGGGUGCCACAAAAGCCUCCUAGAGGCACCACUCGUGGUCCGCCCCAGUUAGUGAUCCCCCCACCCCCACCUUACCCUCCUCCUGGCAGUGACAUUGUGGAUCCAACAGAGUGUUACAGAGAAGCAGAUGUUACAGCGCCAACAGAGCUGGUACCUAAACAGAGCCUGCUGUCUGCACAUGAUAAUGUUUAUGUAGUGGAUGACACAGUUCUGGAGCUAUCAGAGGUGGAAGAAACGGCAUCAGAAAGCAGCUGUUUUGCAUCUGAGGACACCACAGAGGACUCGGGUGUUGUGAGCUCCCCAUCUGACAUUGUGUCUUUGGAUUCACAAAAUGACAGUAUGAAGCUGAGAGACAUCAAGCUGGUCAAUGGCUACAUGGACUCAGCUGAGGCAGAUGCGACGUGUGGCACAGAGACACGUCCUGUGAAGAACACCUCCUGCGAUAGCGUGGGAUCUGAUAGUGCUCCACAGAGCAGACAAGAUGAAGCAAUGGCUUUGGCUAAGCAUGACAAUGAAGAUACAUUCAUUGAAGCACAACUCCAGCAGACUUUGGCUGACCUGGAUGAAGAUUUAGAAGCGGUGGAUGGUGUGAGUAACGCUGACUCUGACUACAUCAAUGAUGCAUUGAACCCACAUAUAAGAAGAGUUGAGGCUGCCCAAGAUGUUUCCAUUUCUGUUCCAGUAACAGUCAUAGACGAUGCUCCAGAAGUUAGCACCUCUAACUCAGAUGAAAAUCAAGAGAUGGAGAUGAGGGUUCCACAAAAUAUCUCAAUCGACUCUGUUAAUACAGGAAACUGGACAAAUAAAAACAACAAUGCAAGUUCCUUUGAUAAGGGACACACAGAUGGUGGAGCUAUAUGCAUAUCGAAGGACCUAAUACAUCAGCAACCAUCUGAAAAUGAAUUCAGUCAUUUGCCUGUGGAACAGCGGAGAGAUAUGUUUGAAUCUCUCACAUCCUCCUUUGAAAAAAGAAGUGAAAAGAACUUAAGACUGGAACCCCUUCCCAAACAUGGUGUGAAGUCUGAGGAAUAUAAAUCUAAGCUGAGUCCAUCUCACUCCAAGACCACAGCUGAAAUCAAUACAGCAAAAGAGAAGCUAAAUCCAUAUAAUGAAUAUAGUAGCAGGGAAAGAUCUCUGAAAAAAAGUAAAUCAGAAUUAGAAAUCAAAUGGCCACCAGCAAAAAAAGUGGAAGUAGAAGAAGUCCCAUCAGCACCUACAUGGUGUCAUCGUGCCCAGAAUUCAGGAUCGAACUAUGAACCUAAAAUGGGUUUGACAACCUUUAAAGUUGUCCCUCCCAGACCUGAAGUAAGACAUUUCGAUAGAGGAGUUUCACUCUCCACUGGUGCCAUUAAGAUAGAUGAACUAGGCAACCUUAUAAGCCCAAACACUGGUGUUAGUAAACACAUACCAGGUUCUUCUUCUGAUGAAAGUGAGGAAAUUCAUAUUGGGAAAGUGAAGGCAUUCUGGAGGUCAAGUUCUAUGGAAAAGCAAAAUGAUGACUCUGCUGAGCAUUUUUCUAAAAAGUCAGCAGUCACCACGAGCUCUAAGCCCUUUACUGUAAAACAUGAACACAAACCUGUCUGUCUUGCAGCUCCAAAACUUGUAGCACCACAAACUGUUACUACCCAGGUAGCCGAAAGACAGUCUGAGAGUGAAAGGACCAAACUACCUCUUCCAGUUACACAGUCUCAGGUAACACCAUUAGCAGCCCCAACCAUUAAUAAGGACAAGCUGGAACUUCCAUUUGUAAAGCCACAUAGGAGAACUUCCAGUCAGUAUGUUGCCUCUGCCAUUGCAAGACACAUCAAUGCAACUACCUUUAAGUCUGACUCUGUGGAAUAUCAUGAGAAAGAUGAAAACAAGCAAGGGGCAGGAGAGGUUAAGACUGAAGCAGAAGUUUCACCAAAAAGAUGUAUUAUUGUGGCCAAAUAUAGCCCUGUGGAAACAGAGUCAGCAGAAACAAGAGAAACACUUUCAAGUGUUUUUACUUGCAGUCAGAAAGCAUCCCACAGGUUUACACCUGGUGAUAAUUCUGGCUUGGAAAACAAAGUAGUUAAUAUCAGGGCACCAAAUCAAGCAACUUCUCUGAGUUUCUAUAAAAAGAAUGGCAGUGUCCCACUUACUAAAUCCUCCUCAAAGGAUAACAACAGUGCAGAAGAGGAUCGUGGUUUAAACAGCAAACAAAGUAUAGCAGAGAAAAAGACACGUCUCAUGUUUGACCAGAAAUGUGAGACUGUGACCCUUACUAAUUCAGCCUCAUCUCUUAAGUCUCCUGACCUCCAAGGAGUCCCAUCCUCUUUCAGCUCAUCUUUGCGAGUCGCUAAAUGGCCUCCUGCUAAUGGUGUUCAAGUUAAUUCGUUUAAAGCGUCAUCUGAGUUAAACGGUGCACCAGCAAAUGCAGAGUCAGAACAGGAGGAGAAACCUGAUGAUUCAGAUAUUAAUGCUGUCAGUGAAGUGGAUAUUAAUGUGCAGACCAAUAUCUUUGGACCAAAGAAGAAGUUCAAACCUGUCAUCCAGAAACCAGUUCCAAAAGACACAUCACUGCACAGCGCCCUAAUGGAAGCAAUUCAAACAGGAGGGGGAAAGGAGAAACUCAGAAAGGUUUCAAACAGUGCACUAAAUGGCAAUCACGGGAAACCCUCAUAUGCUGAGCCAGAGAAUGCGCGCUCAGCCCUACUAGCAGCAAUUAGAGGCCACAGUGGCACCUCAAAGCUGAAAAAGAUCUCCUCUUUGGCCUCUGAAGAGCUGCAGCGUUUUCGGGACGCAGAACUAUCCUUGCAGAAGGCAGAAGACCUUCAGGAAGAGCAGCUUUGUAUCCCACCUGCCCCUGCCCAGCCGCCACCACCACCUCCCAUUCAGCUGUCAGCAGCAGCUCCUAAAUCCUCUGCCACAGUUACAGGUAACCCCUUGGAGGCAAGGCAAGCUCUAAUGGAGGCCAUUCGCUCUGGUGCUGCAGCAGCAAAGUUAAGAAAGGUCCCUCUGCUUGUUUAAAUCAUAUAAAAAGAACAGAUAAUUGGAAAAUCUAACCCCGUAUGCAUCCAUAAUCAUCGUUCAAGCUCUGAAGUGGCAAAAAACAUCAAGAAGUUUAGUAUAUUCUCGUCUACAAGCCAAAAUAAGCUGUAGUUAAUUUUCUGUGUGUUCCUGCAUAAUGGUUCUAAGGGGGAAAUAUGUUGCUCUGCUGUAAAGCUUCUGUGCCAAGGAAUUGUGUUUUGCCUCUGAAUAUUUAAAGUUGCCAAUAAACCAUUCUUGUUGGCAGGUUAAUAAGAAUAUAAACACUGUGCAGUCCUGUGUUAAUACUUAAUUGUAUUUAUGGGCAAAAUUAAAAACUUUACUAGUUAUCUGAAAAGUAAUAUUCAUUUUAAGUUGUUAAAAAUAUUUCAAACUAUUUCAAACUAUUUACUUGCUUCUUAUUUGAUUUCAAAAAGGACUAUAAAUGGUUGGAGUGAAAAUCAGAAUAAAGGUCUAUAAAAAACAAUCACAAGAAAAAAGUUAUGGUACCUAAGUUGUCAUAUGCUGGAGUCACUGGUUUUUAAAAUUAAAUUAACUUUGUAUCUCUGGUGGAGCUCUGAGAAAGCAGGCAAUUAAUAAUGAAUGUGAGACAGUGUCUAUUGCAAAGUUACUUAUGGGAUAUGACGUAUAGAAUGCUAAUGCGCAGAGAUAUGCUGAACCCUAGUAACGUUCAUGGCACUUCAGAAAUAUUGAACCACCUUAAAGGAUCUCUAUUUGCAACAGACUGUGAAGGUUUUAAAUAAGAUUCAGAGUCCUGCUUAGAGGUCCAAGAUGUAGAAUUCAUUCCUGCGCUGCAAAACGAAGUGAAGCUGGUUUAUAUCAGUAACCAGGACUUUUGUGCACUCUUGUUCAGGUCGUGCAUAAGUUGGCCCUUUAUUUCUAAUUUGUAUGGCUGUUGUAUGUUGUCUCACAAGUAUUUAUAGCAGCAUCUUUUUCAAAUGUUAACUACUUUGGUAGUUGUUGUACAUAUUUUGAAAAUAUUUCGUUAAAUUGAUUAACUUAAAAAGGACAAAUGAAAACGCUUUUUCACAUUUCCUAUAUUGUAAUGACACUGAAGAAGAGGAAGUUUGUACAUUUACAUUUUUAUAAUCAUAGACUAGAGUGCUGGCAGAUUCUUUUUUUUUUUGAGCUGGAAUUUAAAAUGUAUAGUUAUGGACUGUUGAAAGCACAAGAAUAUUUAGCCAUCUGCAGUUAAUGUGACUAUAUAUUAUAUAUUAUUAUAUAUUGUAAAAUAUUGAUAUCUGUUAGUGCCACGAAUAAAAACAAAAUCAAAACCUGA